AUGGUGUCCUCUGAAAAGUUGUCCUCCUUGGAUGGUGUACCACUUUCAGCUGAUGAGUCUACACGCUACCGCAGCAUUGUUGGUGGCUUGCAGUAUCUUACCAUGACUCGUCCUGAUCUAUCUUUCUCGUCUACAUUAUCUGAUGGUUUGCUGUUGAGACGACCUACUCGUUCUCCUGAUCUCCUGUCAGCCUUCUCCGAUGCGGACUGGGCAGGAAAUGCUGAUGAUCGUCGAUCAACCGGGGGUUAUGCUGUAUUUUAUGGAGGCAAUCUUGUUGCUUGGAGUGCUAGGAAACAAGCUACUGUUUCACGCUCCAGUACUGAGUCAGAGUAUAAGGCUGUUGCCAAUGCAACAGUUGAAAUCAUCUGGAUCCAGGCGUUACUUGGAGAGCUUGGUGUUUCCCAGACUUGUAGCGUGGAGAUCUGCCGCUGA